ACAAUGCUGAUCCUGAUCCUGCUGCCCGUGGCCUUUCUCCUCCCCCCCGGGGCUGGGGCUGGUGAGAUCAUUGGGGGCUGGGAAGCCCAGCCCCACUCCAGACCCUACAUGGCCUCUCUGAAAAUACAACGUGGAAACAAGAGUGUUCGCUGUGGAGGGUUCCUGGUGUCGGAGAACUUCGUGCUGACGGCUGCUCACUGCAAUGGAGACAAGAUCAUUGUCGUCCUGGGAGCCCACGACAUUACCAAUGAGGAAAGGAGCCAACAAGUGAUCACUGUGAGCCGUGCAUACCCCCAUCAGGAUUAUGACAAGGAGUCCCAUAAUAAUGAUAUCAUGCUCCUGGAGCUGGCAGAGAGAGCGAAGCUGAACAGAUGGGUGGGUACCAUCGCCCUGCCCUGCGCCAACGAGAGAGUAAAGCCUGGGGCUGUGUGCAGCGUUGCCGGCUGGGGCGGCACUAGCACAGAGUGUGAAUCGACCCCGGCCAGGCUCCAGGAGGUGGACGUGGUUGUGAUGCAGGAUGCCGCAUGUCUGAGGAAUCCUAAUGGGCCAUAUCAUAACUAUAACUCCUCCAGCAUGAUGUGUGUGGGGGAUCCAAAGAUGGGCAAAGACUCUUGGAAGGGCGAUUCUGGAGGCCCCCUGGUGUGUGGGAAAACAGCCCAGGGUGUCGUCUCCUGGGGGCCUCCCACCCCUCCCGGGGUGUACGUGAAAGUCUCCACCUUCAUCCCCUGGAUACGGGCGACAAUGAGGAAGCUGCAGCCCUAA